ACUUGAAACCUUGAUGGGUGCAGCGCUGUUUGUGAGGCGUAGGCUUAAGUCUUGUUAACGGUUUUUCCUAUGUUUUCCCACGGUCAAGACAAAUUUCAUUUAUUUUGUCUGUGACAGUCGUCAAAGUUGGUCAAAUACAUCACUUAGAUAUGGGUGCAGAGAAGAUGACAAUUAUUUCAGACAAAACCUCUGCUUCUGAAACUAACGGUCCUCCCCCUAGGAAAAAGAUUUGUCUCUCAUUGUCUGGAAAAGGGAAGACAAAACCGUCUGUUACUGUUGCGGAGGCAGAUUCACCCUCUGAGAUGAGUGUGACAGUGAAUAGAGGCGACUUAAAUAAGAGAAGAGUCGUCCGUGUGAGAAAAGAUGCUCUAGAACCAGGCAUGAUGCUGAAUGGGUUUGUUCCAGAUUCUGUGAACUCAAUUGCUGCAAGUGAUGACAGCCCUGGUAGUGAUGUUCCACCUGUUGCAACCAUCUGCAAUUUGGGGAACACAUGUUUUUUGAACAGUAUUUUGUACACACUUCGUUUUGCACCUUAUUUCUUACACAAACUUCACCAUCUUGUCAACGAUCUUGCAGAUGUGGCUGCACGAAAUAAUGCUAAAGUGAAAUCCUCAUCAUUAGGGAGAAGCAUAGGCCUAAGCCGGAAGUAUUAUUGGGACAUGGAACAAAUGAGAGCAUCUGGUGAAAACUGUGCUAAAAAAAGGGUUCAGAUUGUGACUGAAAAACUUCAUGAGGUAUAUGAGUCACUUCAUAGCGCUGAACUGAAAGAAAGCACUGAACCUUUUCAGCCUGAAAUAUUUUUACGUGCUCUUAGAGAGGUGAAUCCUAUUUUUGAAGGAAACCAACAACAUGAUGCUCAUGAACUGCUUGGCUGCCUUUUGAAUUAUAUGCGUGAAACUUGCCAGGAACUUACCAAACAGUUAGAGACUCAUCCUAAUCCAGCAGAGCUGUGUAAUGGCGCUUCAAGUUGCGAGGAUGUGAAAAAGGAAACCAAAGGUUCUCUUCUGGCUCAUGUGGGCCUUUCUUCAUCUACAUCAAGUAUUGUAAGUGGUGGAAAAUGGGGAAUGAGAAAAUCAUGGAAGCGGAAAAAGCCACUUGGUGAGAAUAUCCUCAAAACUAACCGUUCUACCAAGAAUGGGAGUCAAACAUCUGUGAUAAACAACGGCAACUCUGCACCUCAUUCAAGUAAUGGAGAUUCAACUUCAAAUAUUGAGAAUGCUCCAAAUGAGCCCAGAAUAUUGGUUAAUGGAGAAGUUCAUGAUACAACUGAUGUGGAUAACACCAAUAAAGAAAAUGGGUCCUGUACUUUAAGACCUUUGCAAGAAGGAGAUGAAGGAGAAACAACUGAUGAUAAAACUAGGCUUAACUUUAUUGAAGAGGAUUUUGAGGGUGUAUCAGUUCUUUGUACAAGGUGUCUAGAAUGUGAAUGUGUGACAGAAAGAAAAGAAGCUUUCUAUGAAAUUGGAGUACCUAUUGCAUCUGAUCAAGAUCCUGAGAAAAGAGAAGAUUCUGAUCAAAUAUCAGUACUGUAUAGAUCAUCUAUAGUCACAGAAGAAUUACUUCAAAGUGCAAAUAAGUAUUGGUGCGAACAUUGCUUACGAUACAACGAAGCAAGGAGGUCGGUGCGUUAUGAAUCACUACCGCCACUUCUUAUCUUACAUUUGAAGAGGUUCUCAUCUACAUUUGGAUCUAUGGUUUGUAUGUCAAAAGUGAAUGACUACAUGCCAACGCCACUUGUAUUAGACUGUUUCUGUGUGGAAUGCCUCGAAGCAACAGCACAAGAACAAGGCGUGAAACACCGCUACCAGCUUUAUGGAGUUAUCAUGCACCUGGGUGCUACAAUAGCAUCAGGACACUAUGUUGCAUACGUUCGUGCUGCUGAUCCUAUUGCUGAUUACCGCUCAUGUGACAAAGAGAAAAGGAAAACUGCCAGCCUUAUUGCUACAAACACCACCAAAGGACCAAGCCAACCUGAUGGGGAAAAAGCCCGAGGUUUGCUCAGAUUUUUCUCCAAAAGCAAGUCAAGUAACUCUGAUAAUGUGUCAACGAAUCACCUAACAAAUUCCCAAUAUAGAAACACAUGUAGGAGUUUGGAUUGUUGUGGGGUCCGUAUGAGUAAAGCAUAUCAACCAGGGGAUUCCAAAGUUAGUACUGCCAAUGGGUGUGCAAAUGAUGAUGAUGCUGAGGAAGAAGGGCCAGAACCAUCAUGGUUGGAAUGUGAUGAUGAAACUGUGAGGGUUCUCACCCCACAACAGCUAGAAGACAUUUUAGCGCCUAAACAAUCAAAAAAUUCAUCACUCACUCCCUAUUUGCUAUUUUAUUCGCGUAUUCCUUGACCAAUCGGAGCCAUGUGCCCUGAUAGUAGAGUUCUGUUUUCAUUAAUUCAUUCAUUCAUACUGCAUUUAUUGUUCAAGCAAACUACUGUCUGUAGUAUAUCCAUUGUGUUGCCACAAGUUGAAUAAUUUGACUGUCUCACCUGCUUUUUAUAGGAUACAUUAUCUUUAGUGGAUAAUGGAUAUUUAAGAUGGAGAUUUUAGAGUUCAAAUCAACUCAAUAUAUUUUGUAUUUCUAAUUUUGCUUACUUAACUAUCACUCAUUCCCCAAUUUCCUUUUCUUUCAUUCUCUUUUUAGCCAUGUUAAUAAUUUCAUAGGCGGGAGUCAGUGCAGAAAACUUUGACUUUAUUGUUGAGCAUACCUGAUGGGGACUGAAAAUUUUAGGUAUGCUCUACAGGCAGUCCUACAUUUACUAGAUGUAUUACAUUUAAUUAUUGAGUUAUCAUUCAUUACAGGGUUGCUCAGUGUCAGCAGUAUUGUCAUCAAUGUUUCUUCAAUUUCAAUUUUAUUAAUGUUGCUCACUAUGGAUUCUUUUUCGAUAUUAUCCUUCCUUUUUGUCAAGGCCAAUGCAGGCUUAGGAUAGCGCACGGAACAUUUUGUAUCUAUACUGUACCGGAUGGGUGUUGGCGGAUUUCUUUGUCUUGAUUUCGGACAUUGGCGCCUCAUGGCCCCUAUGAAGAGGGCAAUCCGCCCACAAGUAUGCAUGCGGUAGUGUCAAUACAAAAUGUUCCGGGACCUGUGGUUGGGUCUCCCUUUGCUAGACCAUCACCUUGUGUUGGUAAUCUGCAUUGUAAGUAGUCAAGUUGACAAUUUCCAAAGAGAUGAAAGGAAAAAAAAAAGCAAAGAGGGAUGUGUAUGUAGAAAAAUGUAUUCAUGAUUUUCAGAAACAUUUGAAUUGUGUAGCGUUAUACCAAGCACAUUUUAAAAGUCCCAGUGAUUAGAAGCCAUAACUAUUUGAAUGGAAUUAUUAUAUUUUGUUGAAAAGUGAAGUAGCUAGGCAUCUAUAGAAAUUUUUUUUAAUUAUGCAAGAGAUGUAACAUGUUUAUUUUCUAAAAUUUAUAUGGAAAUGUAAUUACAAUCGGUUAGUACCUUACGUUGUAGAAAUAAUAAGUUGACUUCUCAACUUGUAGUGUGAACAGAUUUUUGAAACCUAAUGGUUCGUCAUGUUCUUCUGUAUUCUUACUAUGGUCAUCCCUUUUCGGUCCAUCAUUGGUAAUCUCUUUGCAAAUUUAAUGGUUCUGCUAGCUGUUCACUAUGUCAGGAAGAUGUUACUGUUUAUUUUUAAUCUCUUUUAAAGUUGACAUUUAUAUCCAUUUUAUGUAAUAUGGCAAUAUUGUUCCUGACACUCUCUUCUGUACAAUACUUGAUCUACAUAAAGUUAGUGAGUGAUUAAAAUGUUUUCUGUAAUCAUCAUAGUCAAUUGCAAUGUGCGGGUCACAUACCCUCUUUGAAGGAAUGCAAUUUAUUGAAAAAGAUGUUUCUGCGCAUUAUCAUUCACUAGCUUGAUGUAGGUUAUAUGUACGUGAUUGUUGUGUUCAUCAUUUUCUGUUGUGGAACCAGAAAGAUAUUUUUUUAAAUUUAUCCAUAGCAAAAUUUGUGAUAAGAGAUGGGUUACGUUCACUUGAGGUGUAAGUAACAGCCUAAAUUAAGAAGACUUCUGAGUUUUUUGAGAUUGUUAUUAAGGACUCAUGUGGUGAGUUCAUUUCUUUUCUACCAGUGUUUCUACCAAGGAAGCUCACUUCAAUAUUAUUAGCCUGGUUGAAUAAUUGACUUGGUAGAAAGAGUGUUAAUUCCCCUGUCAAUAAGCCUUAUAUCUAAAGAAUUAUUAAUUUUUAAUAUCUAAUUCACAGCUCAGACCAUAUUUUUUCAAUUAGCUUGAAAACUUAAAUGAAUUUAAUACCAGUGAAGAUGUGUUCUAAUCAAAGCUGUACACACCAUUGAAAGCAAAUUCAUGUUAAUAUUGUCUGUUUUACAGUUUUCAUAAAAUUAUUUGAUCACUUGAGCACUCCUUCCAUAGUGUAGCUUACAAUGUAGGGACCACUUUACGUAUCUUAGCACCUUAAAUAUUUUGUUUUUUCGGAAAGGCUUUUAUCAGUUCUGUGCUGUAGAACUAUUUUCACAUGCUCUGCUAGAGGUAGGAAGCUUCAGUCUGGUUAAUGUUCCCUUAAUGACAAGAAUUUUUCAUCCUGACCCCUGCACAAUUUCAUAAUUGCCACUCCCCACUUAAAUUAAUUAAAAACAAAAAUUACUUGUCAGCAUUUUGUUUUCCUGGAACUUAACAGGUUUCUUUGUGAAUCACUGCUACAGACCUCUAGCAAUAUGAGGCCUUCAGUUUGAAUGUUACUGCAGUACCUUUCAAUUCAAACAUAGCUUUAUGUGAAAUUAAACUUUCAAAUUUGACUGCUUAAUCUUUCUUGUACUCUAAAACCAUACCCUGACGUUUUACAUAUUCUAUACAUGAAUAUUCUUUAAGUACAGCUAUUCAUUAACUUAUUACAAAGUGAGACCGUAAUUUGGAGACCAAAGGAGUUAAUUGUUAUUGUGUAAUUCUGGCAGUGUCACUGACUGUCAAUGUAGUCUUGUGAACAUAGGGUUUAGUCAGAUGUGAAGAAGUUAAACCAAUGUCGUCCGUAACUGCUAUACCUUUAAUCUAGAAUUCUGGCUGUUGGUUCAGAACCAUGGAGAUGGGGCACAUGAGAGAAUGAGAACUCUUAAAUCUAAGUGCCGUGUACUUUUCUCAUAUUACAAGCAACAAGCUGGACAAAAUUGUAAUAUUUCUCUUGAGGUUUGAAAAAAUAUGUGCCCCUUUUAGUUCCUGUAUUCAUGUUUGUAUCUCAAGAUUUCUGGAUUACCAUGUACCUACUCUUUCCUAGUUUCCUCCCUUAUGUGAUAAUGGAGGAAACAUACUUUCUAAUAUGUUGUAAGAAUGCAUGCUGGAACAACAUUUUUUAAAACAUGGCUUUUAAAAGGUUGUCAGCAGAAUUGAGCAAUUGGAGACUUAAGUUGUGGUUGAUGGAAUUUUCAGCAAUAAGUACCUAAGAUUGUAAACCUAGUUCAAUGGAUUAUUGAGUCUUUGUCAAUGUUAAAUCACUGUUUGACAGUGUUCUGGGGGUAUUUCAACUAGCUUGCAAUGAUCUUAACUUUAGGAUUAGGUUUAAUUCCUCACACUUCUUGUGUCUGGUGAUGUUUCUUGACAUUCCUGUUUUGUUUUCUUUUGCUUCUAUGUGGCUGUGUAGGAAUUUCCAUAACUCUUUCACUAUUUGUUAUGAUUUUGCUUAAAUAGAAAAUCUUGUCACUGAUAGAAACACAUCAUUAUUAAGGAGUUGUCAAAAUUUAUCUCUUGUUGAUGCUUCACCUGGCAUUUAAACAUUGUAAAAGAUAAUGUAAAUUAAAUCCCAUGUGAACUUGUAUAUUUUCUUAACUGUUGUACAUAAUGUGAUAUGCGUAGCCAGAUAAAACAAAAUUGUGUUGUGGUUUUAUGUUGUUGGCUCAGAAUGAGUAAAACCUCGCCAGUGCAUUUGAACUUCACACACAUUCCAUACUGUAGAACAUACUGUUGACUACAUAUGAUGGCACCGAAAGUUGUGUUCUGGGAAACAUUUGAGGUGUACUCGUAUCUUCAUAUCAUGACACUUGCGUGGAAUUAUGAAGCUGGACUUGAAUGUGACACUGUGACACUUUAUUCUUAGCUAUCUGUGGCUUAUUUUUAGCGCAGGAUGUAAAAAUUGCGUGCAUUUUAAACUCGCAAGAGUGCAAAAUAAUAAUUGUGAUCUAAUUGAAAAUAGUGUAAAUGGGAAUUUUUAGUUUCUUACUACCUGUUGUGCAGUGCUUAUGCACAAAAAUUUGUUUUCAUAAAGCAUUUUUGUUGUUCACUUUUGAUGUACCUAAACUCCAACUGAUGUUAAAGAAGAAAUAAAUUUGUUCUAACAACGA